ACCCCGAAUGCGAAUCCCAUUCUACACCCGCUGUUCUCUCCCCCCCGAACUUCCUCCAUCCCGCGCCCUUCCUCACCCGCCUCCCGCGACUAGGGUUUCCGACGCCGGCGAGCUCGCCCCGCCCCAAUCGCCGCUCCCAUCCGCCUCCGGAAGCCGCCGAGGAGCAGCGGUAGCCCCCGUGGUCCUCCUCCUCCUCAACCCUCGUCGACCCUCCGCCUCCUGUCCCGACGAGCGAGCUUCUCCCCCCAUCGCCGGCAACGGCCUGCGCCGAGCCGCCCGCACCUGUACCGCCGACGGCCUGCAACCGGAUCCGAAGUGAAUUGUAUUUCAGGUAGCUCUUUGACUCUCAAUGUCGUCCACAAGGAAAGUGAGAAAUGUGAACAAACGCUAUGCCAAAAUCAAUGAAGAUUGGCAGGAUAAGGAAGCAACAACUGUUCAUAAAAGUAAAGUGCGAAAGAAAAAACUAUCUGACCUUGGUUCUCAGUGGAGCAAAGAUGAACUAGAGCGCUUCUAUGGAGCCUAUAGAAAAUAUGGAAAGGAUUGGAAGAAGGUGGCUGGUGCUGUCCAUGAUAGAACAUCUGAUAUGGUGGAGGCUCUUUACAACAUGAACAGGGCAUAUUUAUCUCUUCCAGAGGGGACUGCUACUGCUGCAGGUCUGAUAGCAAUGAUGACCGACCACUACAAUAUUCUGGAUGGAAGUAACAGUGAUCAUGAAAGCAACGAGUCACCGAAAACUUCUAGGAAGCCACAGAAGCGUGGCCGUGCGAAGCUUCAGUCUGUGUCAAAGACAUCUGAUACACGCUACGCUGAUCUAUUGCAAUCUCAGCCUUCUUCCUCAAACUAUGGAUGCCUUUCUUUGUUGAAGAAGAAACGUUCUGGAGAUUUGUUUGUAGGGAACAGGCCGCGUGCUGUUGGAAAAAGGACUCCACGAGUGCCUGUUGCAAGUAUGUACCACCGAGAUGACAGGAUAGGUCCAUCAAAUAGACAAUCAAAGCCAGAUGCUAAUAAUGGUGAUGAUGAAGGUGCUCGUGUAGCUGCGCUAGCUCUGGCAGAGGUCGGUCAAAGAGGAAGCUCACCUCAGAUUUCUCAAACACCCGGAAGAUCCAGUGACCGCCUGUUCUUGUCUCCUGUCAAAAGUAUUGACAGAAAAAAUGCAGACUCGGAUAUCGGAAGCUCAAAGCUCCAUGGAUUUCAAGUAGAUGCGGAUUAUCCCGAAGGUAGCUUAGGGAGUAGGGAAGCAGAGACUGGUGACUAUCCCAAAGAUGCUUCCUAUUUUAUGAAUAAUGGAGGUUCUGCAUCUGGCAAGUCUAAGCAGAAAAUAAAGAAGUCUCAGAGGAGGAAAAAAAAAGCUGCACAGAAAUCAGAUGACCAAUUUGAGGAUGACAGAGAGGCUUGCAGCGGCACUGAAGAAGGACAUAGUGCCAGAAAGGCUAAAGAUGAAUCAGAGGUGGACGCAGUAGGAACUUCAUGGCCAUCUAACAAAUCAAACAAAAGAAGCCGCCAGUUGUUUUUUGACGAUGAAAGUUCGGCUCUUGAUGCAUUAUAUACAUUAGCUGACCUAUCUGUGAAUAUUCUACAGCCAUCUUCUAUUGCUGAAUCUGAAUCAUCUGCACACAUUAAGGAUGAGAGCAGAGACAACGAUUUUGAUGACAAGCCUAGUGUGCCUGCAGCACUUUCAUUAUCUGAGAAAAAAGAGAAAUCCAGAAAAAUGAAAAAGGUCAAAAGGCAGUCAGAAAUUGCUGGCAAUGAGAUGGUUACUCGGAAAAAGGCUAGACUUUCUAAAGAUCCUCACCAUGAUGAGGGUGCUAUUUCUGAAGUAAAACAGCAAGAUUGUAAUGUUCAAAAGGAGAAAAAGAAAAGGAAGUCUGCAACAGGGAAGAUCCCUAAAGAUGAGAAGAAAGAUGAAAAAAAUACAAUGAAUGAUAUUGAGAAGACUGAGGUUUCUGCUGAAGAAGGGAAGGUAUCUUCUAAUAAAGGCAGGCAUGCUCGUGUUAGUCCUGUUUCGAAACAAAACAAGUCGAAAGCACAGGAAAGUUCUCCAGCACAUGCUGAUUCUGGAAAAGAAGCCAUGGAUAUUGUGGAGACAACACAAAAUGCAACAACUCAACAAUCUGACUUGACAUCAAAGGCUAGAAGCCGACGCAAAUUAGGCAUUUUGAAAGCUCUUGCUCCAGAGUGUAAGCCUGCUGAGGGUACCGAUGGUUCCCAUGAUAAUGUUUCUUACCCAGUGAAUAACGUUAUCGAUCUUAAGGACAAGCUCUCCCACUGCUUAUCUUCACGUUUUCUCCGUAGAUGGUGCACCUAUGAAUGGUUCUACAGUGCAAUUGAUUAUCCAUGGUUUGCGAAGAGUGAAUUUGUCGAGUACUUGAAUCACGUAAAGCUGGGUCACGUACCAAGGCUAACUCGCGUUGAGUGGGGUGUUAUAAGGAGUUCUCUGGGAAAGCCACGUCGAUUGUCGAAACAGUUUUUGCAUGAGGAGAGAGAGAAGCUUUUUAAGUAUCGCCAUUCAGUCAGACAACACUAUGAUGAGCUUCGGUCUGGUGUUCGAGAAGGUCUACCAACUGAUCUUGCCCGACCUUUAGCAGUUGGACAGCGUGUUAUAGCCUGCCAUCCCAAAACAGGGGAACUUCAUGAAGGGAGUGUUCUGACUGUUGACUAUCAUCGUUGCCGGGUUAAUUUUGAUCGACCUGAGCUCGGUGUCGAGUUUGUGAUGGAUAUUGAUUGUAUGCCACUACACCCACUGGAAAACUUCCCUGAAUCUCUCAGACGGCAAAACAUUGUGAAUAAAUACUACAGCAGCUUCUCGGAAGUAAAGUUUGAGGAUCGAUCCAGAGAGUAUGGUGGUGGUGGUGUAGCAAGAUUCGCAUCAAAUGGAGACACAUUUGAUACGCACGCCAAAGCUACAGUAAACGAGGUUACAGGUGCUGCACAGCAGGCAAUGUACAGCCAGCCAUGUACACUGUCACAGAUACAGGAAAGAGAAGCUGAUAUAAAGGCUCUUGCUGAACUAUCACGUUCUCUUGAUAAAAAGGAAGCUUUGCUAGUAGAGUUGAGGCACAUGAAUGAAGAGGUGUCAGCAAAGCAAAAGGACGGGGAAACUAUCAGCGAGUUGGAGCACUUCAGGAAGCAAUAUGCUAUGGUGCUUGUACAGCUUAGAGAUUCUAAUGAUCAUGUGGCUUCGGCCUUGCUUUCUCUGCGGCAACGUAACACGUUUCAUGAGCAUCCAUUACAGUCAUAUCCUAAAUCUACAGACAAUGGUGGAGCUCUUAAUGGAAAACUAGAGCCGUUUAACCAUUUUGGUUAUAUCAAUCAAGAGUCUGGAUCCCAAGUGAUGGAAAUUAUUGAGACUUCGAGGUGCAGAGCAAAAACGAUGGUUGAUGUUGCUAUUCAGGCAAUGUGCAAAGUAAGUGAAGGAGAGAAUGCUUUUGCCAAAAUAGGGGAAGCACUAGACAAUCUGAGUAUCCGUGGUACAGGCUCUGGUUCUAGCAUACUGGGUAUAAGACGGAUACCUCCCGAUUCGGGUCAGGCAAAUUCAACCUGUCAAGAUAACAGCACGUCUGGCCGUUUUGACCCUGCAACAACCAACACUUCCAGUCCAAGAUUGAGCAACGGCUAUGAUUCCGAAGCCCAAUUUCCUUCGGAGUUGAUCUCAUCCUGCGUAGCUACCGUCCUUAUGAUACAGAACUGCACAGAGAAGCAGUGUCAUCCUGCCGAGGUUGCGCACAUUCUCGAUUCAGCGCUUUCACGCCUACAACCGUGCAGCUCGCAGAAUGUCCCGAUCUUCAGAGAGAUUGAGAUGUGCAUGGGCAUCAUCAAGAACCAAAUGCUGGCGUUGAUACCUACUCCUAGUGGCUAGUGCCGUGGCCUACAUUUUUCUUUCGUUAUACAUAUGUAGGCUAAAAACAACCUGACAACGGUAUGUACAAGGUGUAUCCUAUUAGUUAUUAUAUUGCUGGUGCAUGUUAUUAAUUAUUAUUAUUAUAUUCGUUGACCCAUGGAAAUUAUGUCUGUAGUCUGCCCCUCAAUCUGGCGUUGAAAAUUUCACUGCUGCUUGGUGUUUCUAUGAUGGAGACACUAGACCUGGAAAAGUGGAAAUGGCCAACUGCUGGCAUUUUAGACGUAUCUCUAUAUGUUCUGUCCCAUAUAUGUGUACUGUAAUUGUAUGUAUGUCUUCCAUUGUUAUGUAAACCAGCAAGAAGGAAACAAUAGAUGUUCUUCCAGCGUC